AGUUGGUUGCUCGCUCGGUGUUCAUCAUCGCUUGACUGAUUCGCUGGCAGGUUUCGCUGCUGCAGUUGACACUGUAUUCAGUCUGAGCAGUGAAUGAGCGUUGGUAGAUACUUGCCAGUUGCUCACCUAUUCCUUUACUGAUUGACUGACUGCCUAUGUGGUGCUUAUAUACCCGCCGACAUCAGCCCCCGUUACUGAAAGGUGGCGCGAUUGUGAGGUCUGUCGUCAGUCUAGGAGACAGAUAGACAGGGACAUUCCUGCUGGGGCUAUUGUAAGUACUUGCCUGUAGGGAUUGCUUUUCUCUUCGGCGAAUUCCUCCCGAACAGUGAUUGUGCGAGAUAGAAUCUCUGUAAGCCAUCAUCGUCAGGAUCAGUUGUCAGCUUGACACACAGAUGUGGUAUUGAAGUCGUGUGAGCUCUACUGUACUGUGCAUGUCCUUGUCUGUGUUAACUUGGAAACAUUGCCAAAGUGACGGCUGUUAUCGUAGUUGGCAACCUAAAAAGAAGGGAUAUGAGCAGUGCUGGCAACGAACAAAUUGCGGCUGCGAACAUGAAGAGGUCGCUGGUGGCUUUUGUAAAACGCCAAACCGGCCUCGAUGUUGAAAGUGUCAUCGAUGAUAUUCUGGUUAAGUAUUUACUGGCGAUGGUCGACCCCGAGAUGAUGGACUCCGACGAGUUCGAUGUUAAUGGUUUACGAGAAAUGCUUUCCGCGUACAUCCCAGAAGUUGAUCAAAUAACUGAUGGUCAAUUGGCUCAAUGGGUGGCAGAUACGUCGUCGCUUCUCGUAUCUUUAGGAGAAGAAUCACCUUCGCCUCCAGAGUCAAUGGUCUCGUUUCGCGCCAUCGAACCGAUCGGGCCCCCAGUCAGCCAGGCCGUCCCGAAAGGACGUAAAGACCAGCCGCCUUCACAAAGUAAUGGAUACACCCAUGACACCGAAAUUAAAGCCAAAGGAAAAAUUGAUGAUACUCGGGUGGAUGAAUUGGCUCUCGAGGCAUUAGCAGAGAUGUUUCCACACAAGAACGCUCUUCGCAUCCGCAAGAGUCUUCUGAUCGCUAAUGGGGAGGUAGAUGCUGCUGCACAGCUGCUUCUUCAAGAUGACGGGGUAGCGAUGGGCAGUGACGAGUUACUUCUUAGCUCGACACAGAUGGCCGCACAAAGAACACAUGUCGAUGAAAAGACACUCCGCGAUCAAAUCAUUAACCGAUAUGCUUAUGUGGACGUUGACGAAGAUAAAAAGGAGCAUAAGCCAGUUGUGCCUAAGUCUGAACCUAAAAAACUCAUUCGUUAUCGAGACAACAAAGUGGUCUCCGUUAAGGGUGAACGAUUUACUAUAGAAAAGAAAUCACAAGAGGUCGAGAACUGACGUUCGCCUAAGGGGAUGCCUUCAGGUCCCCGAAGUUCGGGUCGGCCAAGGGCUUUUGCUCCCGCCCCUAUACCGCCACAGCUAAAGCAUACCCAACAAACACUACUACCAUUGCCAUUAUCAUUGAUUGUACUAUUGCUAUCUACAAGUCUACAAGUAAUAUUGCUAUUAGUCUUAGUAUUAUUAAUGUUAUCACAAUUCGUUGUAUUGCAAUGGACAUGUUCGGCAUCGAAUCAGACGUACAAUGCCAGUACAGUUGGUAAGAUGUGUCUUUAUAAAACCUUGAUAAGCGCGCCGGUCGUAACAGAUAUCUUGAUCUUUGUUCAGUAUUUCAUUAAAACGCUAAAUCGUAAAAAUACUGAAGCUGAUUUAUCGCUGCACUUCGCAAUCGCGACAACGGCAACAACAUGGGAGACAACUGGAAGUGUAGUAAGAGCGAUAACAGUGAUUAUUCUAUUGUUGUUAUUAUUAUUAUCAUUAGAAACUAUUCGGUUGAGACAGAAAUCGUCAUUUGAACUAGAAUUAUUGGUAUGGACAGCGUGUGUCCAGAUGAAUCCGGCGGAUGUGUUCUGGGGCAGUCGACAGUCAGAGGCUUUGAGGAUGCGGUAACCCAGGUAGACAUUAGGAGGUGUCGACGUUUGACUGUCUUUAUAUGUUGUUAUUGCAAUAGCUCUUAAUGAUCUCUACUCAUAGAAAAGUGUAGGCGGUAGCCAUGUCUCAAAUGCCGGUCGUCCCUUGAAUUUAUGAUGCAGAGGGUAAGCCUACCUCUAGAAAAUCAAUAGGGAGAAGUACAGAAAGCACAAAAACAGGUUCUGAUGGAAUACGUAAACGAUAAUUGUAAAUGCUUGAAGGCAGAGUCUAAUACUGAACUCAAGAGGAUUAGCCCAAAACUAAAUCGCAUUGGGACCUAACGAACAACCUAAAAAUUCUUAAAAGAAGCUAUUUAAGGAUAGAAAAUGUAAGCAGACAAUUUACGUCACCAUCUCAAAAUUCCGCAUAAUGCACUACCUGCACACAGCGUAACCAAGCCGGUAUAGCGCUCUUCAAGUGAAACUACCACUUCCUAGUGGCCACAAUAUAUUUUUACUAUACUUGUUUUAAAACAAUUAUAGUUAUUGUGUUCUGGUAAUAAAAAGAAGAAACGGCAAAAUUGGUUUAUAAUAAAGACGUGCAUUUUUUAACUUCCUGGGUAAUUUUCGGGCUGCAUUACAAAUUAACGCAAUCAUAAUGACAAAAAGGUAUUUUGUACAGGCAUAUCCGUUCUCGAUCUGAAAGAAUCACAGAUCAAUUUAUGGGCUCUCUUAGACAGCCCAUCAAGGGCGACGGCACUAGUGAGACACAAUAUGGUCACACGAAUGUUCUGAUUCAGCUUCGUGUGUUACUUUAGCUUUAACUACUCGGCCAUUUUCUCUUGUUGUGAUACCACCUUAGUAUUGUAGAAAAGAUAACAGCAGGCUACUUUUUUUUUAGGCAUUUAGUUACCUGUGUAUCUUAAGUAACAUAACUUUGUACGUCCCUGCUCUGUAAUUGUUGUAGGUUUUUCACCUGCGCCAUUUAGUUUUCUUCUUCAUGGUUAUCAAAAUCAUGAAACAUAAUCAUCGAAACGAAAUGACGUAGCUGACUUAAGGCCAGCGUAACUCUCCAAGAAAAACUUCUGAUUUUUCUAAAUAUAAACAAAUCUGCUACAACUUACCCACGUUUAUUUAUAGUAGAGAAUACCUCGGUAAAAAAAAGUUUGGUUGUUUAUACGGACCACAAUACACCGAGUAAAUUUUAGGCUGGUGGAAUUUGGAUACGUUUGGUUGAAGAAGUCAGUUUGAAUCUGCAAACAUAGCACUGAUCUCGAACGCUAGGCGUCGUAAAUAAGUGCUAUCAAAUUACCAGAACGAAACGAGAUGUAAAGUAGUUAAUUGGCCCUACUAUGCAUUCGCAAUCUAACCUUUAAUCAGUAACCAUCAAAUUAGGCGGCUUUUGAGCUUCUGAAACUCCAGUACUCUUACGUAUUUUAUCGUUCGGAAACUUUUGCCAACAUCUAUACAUGUAUACAUACAGACAUAUGUAAACAAAUUACAUAGACGCACAUACAAACGUGUACACACAAAAAGCUAUCAACGUAUGUUCCAUUGGUGUUAAAUAGACAUUAAUACAACGGUCGAUAAACAAAGAAUGGCCCUUAGGUGUUUGUUAACCGAAUGUUGUCGACAUUACUCCUCAAACAGCCGCCGGACGGUCUGAUAUUAUUGAUCGUUGAAAUAUCGAGUAUCGCCUCCUUAAAUAUGCCAAUGGUGCAAUCAGAGGCGCCUUACGUAGAUCUAUUUGAUCGUUUUCAUGGAGAAAGGUGGAAGAGAAAUAAUUGGAUACGAACUGACUAAAUGACCUGAUGAUGACUCUCUUAAAUUGUUCUAGUCGACUGUCUUAGGUUACCAGUGUCGCAGUAUCAUGCAUGGAUAAGCACAGGUUUGCAAUACUACAAAUCAUCAACAUAAACCAAAAACCUAUCUCCGAGCCCAAUCUUCCGUUAUGGUAUUAGCAAUACCUAAAUUUCCCGAGUACACACUUAGUUAUACUAUCGACUCAGUGUUUGAGCUAUGAAUGAGUAGUAUGGAACCGCUCUUUACGGGUCACUUGAAGAAAUGCCGCAAAUACUAUAUACACGCAUAUUGGAAUACCAUGUACUUCAUUCACCCAAUGACGUUUUUAUAUGGACCUCUCAGAUUAGCUAUAUGGCUAGCAUUGGAAGAAACACACUGUAGGUGUGCUGCUAGAAGAUAAAAAACCAACUAAAGGUCAUCAUCAGGCUUGUUUCCUUAAAAAAUAUAUUAGAUAUAUAUUCUUCAACGUGGCAGCGUUUAUCUAUAUUCGACUAAUUGUCAUUGUGGCACAAUCCGUAAGCUAAAAUAUAGCUUUUUAUUUCAUCGCCGAGCGAGUACUUUUUAAUGGUCUUUAUUGUGACAGUAGAUACAAGUAACGAGUAAGGAUGUUCAAUGUACCAUAUAUAAGUAACUUUUACUUGUUUUUUAUUUUUUAAAAGACUACGUGUACUUAGCAUGUGUUUAGUUCCUCUUGAGGUUGUCCGUAAUUCACUUUUUAUAAUUGUAAUCAUUUACUGAAAACAAUUAUAAUUUAGAUUAUUAAUUUACUUAAUAUUUAAUAGUAAUUAAAAUAAUAAAAUAAUAAAUACAUACAUCGUGGCUUGUGAUACAAUUAUGCCAUUUAUUCUCACGCAAUACAUUUUUUACUACAUUUUCUCCUUCGAUCUUGUGAAAUCACUGAAAAGUAUAAUUUACUUCAAAAAUUAUUGGAUUUUUACAUAUAAUUUCCAGAACAAAGUGAGUCUAUCCCUCUGUCCCUCUCCUUUCCCUUUACAGCCUUUUUUCAUCAUUAAUGAGCCGAUAUUGUUAGAAGAGCUCUUACUGGUAUACUCUCGAUGUAUUUGAGUCGCGCGCACGAAAUCCGCACUUCUCUCACAACAAGUGUCAUUUUCAUAAACGUCUACUUCUAGCGUUAAUGACUUUAACCUAUUCAGCAGUCAUUGCACGUCGUUAAUAA